AUGCUGAGAAUAUACAGAUUCCUCGAAGUCAUCCGAGGUUUACUCUACCUCUUCGACUGCACAAAAAGUCUUUGCAAGGCCUCAUCCGACUUUGAAUUGCAAGAAAGAAUUCAUAUCUUCAGUGACGUUUCAACCAUCAAUAGAAUGUGUGGUCUUGCCUUCGGUGCAUCCAGCGGAACUGCCGAGAAGAUGGCAUCCGGCAAUACCAACGAAAUUACCGACCUUGCUUGA